AUGAUAGCAUUCAAUGUUGCCGAUCACCCAUCCACGGCUCAAAUGUCCUCUCAUAUCAGCGACAUCCUCAAUGAGAUGGAAGACUCAGGUGUGAAGUUCACACGCGACUACUUGGCGGGCCUUGUUCUGCAAAACGGCUUGUCAUCAGAACCGGAACUUCAAGAUGAAUUCAACAGGAGAAUCGAAACCGACUUCCAAUUUUUGGCACCCAAACGCUUGCCCAUGUCGUUUGAAGGAAUGGUGAGACUGGUUGACGUUAUCCGCCGACAGCAACAAUUCCAGUCAUCAAACCGCGGUCCGACUCAACCACAACCUCUCGCCAUGCAAGCAUCAGUCCAGAACGCCGAGACCAACCCCACACCGCCCUCGGACGCCAACCUGCCGAUGUUCCCCAGCCAUCCCGACAACACCCCUGGCACUCAAGACUACAUGGUGAUGCAAGCAGGACUCUGCUGGAUGUGCAGGUCCCCGGAGCAUCUCCUGCGCAACUGCCCACUGAGAGCACGUGGUGGCAGCAACAAGGGUAGGUUCCGCGGUCCACAGCAGGCUCAUCCACUGACCCAACAAGGUCCAAACGGAGGGUUCCAGUCUUUCUACCCCAUCGUCACACCCCCGGGCUUUACGGGUGUAUAUCCCCAGUCCCAACCAAUGCCCCACACCCAGCAAACCCCUGCACCUCUGAGCAACAGUGUCAGACACUGA